AUGGCCUCUAUUCUUAUUGGGCGUUGGGGCGAUGUUUGCUUGGACCGGCAAGUGUUGGAGACGCUGCUUGUGAGUGGACAAUGGCCUUUAUUCUCAUUGGGCGUUAGGGCGAUGUUUGCUUGCACCAUGGCGAGGUUGGAGACGCUGCUCGUGAGUGGACAAUGGACUUUCUCAUUGGGCGUUGGGGGCGAUGUUUGCUUGCACCGCGGCAAGUGUUGGAGACGCUGCUCG